AUGGCAGAAAUCGGAAAGCUGCUCCGAGAUGAUGCGAAGGCGUCGGAGCUCAGGGAGUCCGAGUUCGAAAUGUUCAAGUUUUUCGAUAGUUGCGUCAAGUCGGCAUCUACACAGCAUUACAAGCAAUCGCUGGUCGUGCUCAAGAAGCUGUUCAAAGAUCUGGGGAUCGACUGGUAUGGAGCGACUCACGAGAGCUCUGCCCCGGUUCGAGGACAAUUGAAGGCAAGCUUGCAGUACGGCCUCGAUCUCGCUGACGAGAUCGUGUCGAUUGGUCCUCAUGUGAACAAAGAUGCCGCGGAGCUCUCCAUGUCCGUGGCUGGUCACUUCCCAUUCGAACUGCAAUCUAAGGCUAUGUCUACGAAUGACUUCGACGCACAGGAGAUGUCCGAUUUGGCGGCUCGAUUCGGUCGCAAGCUCUCCGACUUCGAGAGAUUAGUCCGAGACCGGCCAAAUAAUUUCACAUCGGGGAAUAUGCGACGAUUAUUGAGAGCUCUAGAGAUUCCAGAGUUCGACGUUAGAACCGAGAAGAGAGUUGGCGUGAAUUCAUUGGCAGUCAGAGUCUUCGUGAGUGAGGUGGUGUCGCUCUUCUCCCUGAAGCCUUCUUGCAAGAUGAAUUACGUCGACGAAUGGAUUUUGGGCGAUAUAGAAGAGGCCACCCGAACGCCCCUUGCUGAAAUACUCGAAGAGUACUUCGAUGACUUCACCGUUCUCACCGAUGGGACCAGGGUCCACGCUUGUACAGCCUCAGCAAUCGCUGGCUUACAAACAUACCUGAACGACUCAUACAGGAGGAUGUUCCAAGAUCAUUUGGGCUCCGCUCUCUUGAAACGAUUUAGUCGCCACAUCGGCGGCGAAGCGACGCGUAUUUCCUGCGAUCUUGCUAAAUGUAGCAAAGUCACAGAAGAAUCAUGCAGCCGAUUGACUCAGAAAAGUUUACCAUUCACGUACUUUUCCUUGAUCCGGAGAUCAUUAACGACCGAGUACACCGAGAUCAGGACGCGCUACCUGAUAAGUUCACUCAAACUGAAUUACGCGAAGGUUCUCCGUCGGCAAACUUGGAUGGAUUCUGGAACAAGGCAUAAGCUCAUGGAUAAGCUCUCGGCUAUCGUCGAUCACAUCGGCUCGCCGCCUCACUUGGAUCGGCUUGAGCCGACGGAAGUCAGCGCGGUGUUCACGUCGAAUUUCCUUGAAAACACUCUCCGUUUGCUGAAAUCUCGACAAGAUGCCAAACUCUCCGAACUGUAUCGACCAGCUCUGCGCGACCGACGUGUCUGGCCACAGCUCGAAAUCACCGGAGUCAACGCUUACUACGUGUCGCCUCUGAAUGUUCUACUUUCACCGAGUACGAUGCUCGCCUUCCCGUUCUACGACGAGACUCUGGAUGUGUCUCGGACGAUGGCGACUUACGCCUUCGUUCUCGCACACGAGAUGAGUCAUGGCUUCAAUCCUUACGGAGCAGCCUUCGGACCUUUUGGAGUUCCCGAGAAGACAAUGUCGUCUGAGUCCGAGAAUAUUCUCCUCGUGAGUUACCCUUCACGUUAA